CAGGUUGCCUUUACUUGGUAGACACAUUAGCAGGAGAUCCAGAGGUCCUGCAAGCAGGUGCUGAAACAUACUAUGAAGAACUAGUGAAGAAAUCGUUGUCCAUUCCUGAUGUUUUUUCAAUCCCUGGAGGAGAAGAGUUUUGGCAGUUUAUUUGAACCAGUGUUGGUGGCCUGUUGAAGAUGUAGUAAAGACAGCUGAUCCCUCUAGAGAUGGGCUCAUUUCGGUCCAGACAUUUGAAGAAAGGAUUGUCCUCUUUGUUCUGAACUACAUUAUCUUUGGAAUGCUGGAAGGGAGUUCAGCUAAUGAUGCAUUCUUUCUACCUCACUCUGCCACCGAGUGUGCCAAGAUACUCUGGAGAAAUGGUGAGGCUGUUGCCUUCUACUCGGUCAAGAUGAAAGGGAGCCUGUGUGAUGGUGCAACCAGUCAGUGUUACUUGCUGCCAGUUUUGGAUACUGUAUUUGUCAGGAGAAAGCACAGAAGAAGUGGCCUAGGGAUGAAAAUGCUGGAUGAUUUCUGUCAGUCUUUCGUGGCUGAGGAUGCCUUGGGGAUCAGCUGCCCUAUUUCUGCUGCCAUGUAUCAAGUUUGCCAGAAAUUCUUGCAGACUUAUCCUGAGGAGCAGAAGCGACUGUGGGAGGUGGAAGCACCAGGAGAUUGGAGCCAGCGAGUGAAUAUCUGGUUAAAAAUUCAGAUGGAGUCAUCCUCUUCAGGAAGGCGUUGAAUACAUUCCUGGUGUUGGGAAAGUGGCAGGAGAUGCC